CAUUAUCAAGGAAUUGAUUAAUACUCCCCAAGCAAAGCAGUACUGUAACAGAGAGCCACACAGACCCAUAAUUGUACUGCCUGCUAGCUGCUGCCUGCUGCUCUGCUCUGCUCUGCUCCAACACAAAUCCAAACGCACCCAGUUUCCAUUCUUCCGUUUCCUUUCCGACUUCACUUCUUUAUUAUUGUGUGAACAGAAGAAAGGAUCCAAAUCCCAUUAUUAUCACCACCACCACCUAACUCCUUCGAAAAUCUUCCAUUAACCUUACUCGAUCCACUUUUCACCCAUCUCCCCCCUCCUAUGGGAAGAAGAAGAACAACAACAACAAGAAGAAGAGCCUGCUGAUUCUGCUUCUGGGUCGGUCUCUCUCUUUCGUUUUCUUCUCCUCCUCUCAAAAAGAUGCAAACUUUAAGCAGUACCCAGCUGGAAAGGGAGAGGGAGCAUCAUUUCAGCCGCAGCAGCAGUGACCUGUCAUUUGGGGAGAUUGGGGCUCACCGGAACUCCACCGCCUCCGAUGGCAUCUCCGACUUGGAUUUGGAGAGUGGGGAAUUGGAGCUGAAGGUGCAUUCCGCUGAUCAUAAUAAUGAUAAGGCUGCUGCUGCUAGAGAUUGCAGGAUUUGCCAUUUGGGCCUGCUGAGUAAUGAGCAUGAGAGCGGGGUGGCCAUUCAGCUGGGCUGUUGCUGUAAAGGCGAUCUCGCUGCCGCUCACAAGAAGUGCGCCGAGACUUGGUUCAAGAUCAAGGGUAACUUGAUAUGUGAGAUCUGUGGUGCUGCAGCCGUUAAUGUUGCUGGGGAGUUGACAAACAUGGCGUUCAAUGCAAAUGCUGCUGCAUCAGUACCCGCAACAGCUCCAGUAGUUCUGGUGGAAGCCAGGCCGGCGUGGCAUAGCCGCCGUAUUAUGAACUUCCUACUCGCUUGCAUGGUUCUCGCCUUUGUUGUUUCCUGGCUCUUCCAUUUCAAAAUUCUUCCAUGAGUCCACAUCCCAAAACAGAGGGGAGUUGGUAGCUAAGCUAGGCAAAUCUGCAAAUUAUUGUUGUGUAUUAUGUAAAAAGCUAGAGGGCAUCGUGUAUUGAUUGUUUGUAUUAUAGUUUCAGGCCUAGAUGUAAGAGUCCCAAGCACUCCUCAUUUUCGUAUAUUCCG